UCAUAGCAUCGAUGCAUUGAAAUUGCAAUAAAAUAAAAAAAUUAAAAUAAAUAAUAAAGAAGUUUUUUUUUUAUCUUUAAACUUUAAACGUACGUCGAGUUAUCGUGUCAUUAUUGCUAUCAACGUACUAAGUAUAAGUCUGAAAGUUAAAUGUGUGUUUUAUGUGGUUUAGUGCUUACUCUCACUUAUUAAUAUACAUAUAUAUAUUUUUUUUAACUUUGUUUAUUCAUUAUUAUUUUAUCCCAGUUUUAAUGUUAGAAAUAUAGGAGUGGUGAAAGGAGUUAAUUGUUUUUUAGUUUCUCAUGUUUUAAUUGUCUGUUGUUAUCCAAAUAUAUUUUAUUUUUUGUUAAGUCAUUGUGUAUAUACACAUAGAUAUAUACGUUGAUACAUUUGUUAAUAAUUAAUUAAUAAUGACGACUGAGGAAAAAUUCGAUGCGGCUGUCAAUGUUAUUAGAAAUCUACCGAAAAAUGGUGCUUACCAACCGAGUCAUGAAUUACAAUUACGUUUUUAUGCUUACUACAAACAAGCAACAAAAGGCGCAUGCCAGCAGCCAAAACCAGCGUUUUGGGAAGUCGUAAAAAAAGCUAAAUGGGAUGCUUGGAUGAAACUAGGAAACAUGAGUCGUCAGGAGGCCAUGAAUAAUUACGUUGACGAGCUAAAAAAAAUUGUUGAGACAAUGUCUUAUACUGAUAAUGUAGCCAAUUUUUUAGGAAGCUUAGAUUCAUUUUAUGAAAGUGUACCCGCUGAAGAUUUAGAAUUGCUCGUCGGCCCAGUUAUCGAACGUAUACGAUCUCAACCCGGUUCACCAUUAUCUGGAUCGCCAUUAGGAUCUAGAGAAACAUCACCACAAAGAGUACGAAAUUCAUCACGUCAUAUUACUAGUAGCUUGGAAACAAGCCCAGCUAGCAGUCAUAGUGCUAGUCCGUUACCACCUGACAGUGAUGGUGAUGAAGAUGAAGAAUUUAAAGAUACUUUAGAGUCAGCACCAAUAGAAAAAUCAAUCAAAGAAUCAAAGUCUUCCACUGGACAUGUACAAUCAAAAAAAAUUAUACAGGACCAAGUUAAGUCAGCAACAUUACCAUCAAAUUUAACAAAUGGCCACGUUAAUAAUAAAAAAGAAGAUAAGCAUAAUUUAAUAAAUAAUGAUAAACACAAUAAUCAAGAUCGUAGCAGAGCAAGAGAUAAGAAAACCGACAGAGACCUGAGUGAUGAUAUUAAAAAUGAACUUAUCAAUCAAAUGGCCGAGACACUACAAACUUUACAGAAUGAUUUAGACAGGAUAACUGGUCGUGUUAGGAGUCUAGAAGGACAAAAUUUACAAUUAAUGACUCCACAAUCGGAACAAUCAAAUAUUUACCCAAGAUGGUGGCCCCUAUCUGAUUGCUCACCAAGACUUUUAGCAAUAAUAGUAUUGUGGCCGUUUGCAGCUCAAUUUUUAAUAAAUAUAAUCCGACGUUAUCGCCAACAAAGAAUUUGAUCAGAUUUAUAAUCGAUAAAUAUUUUAUGUGUCUAUUAUAUAAAACUAUUUCUCGAUAAAAUUUAAAAUAGAUAAAAAUAGUUUAUUAUAAAUUUUAAAAGACAUCUAAGUAAUAAAGUUAUUAAUUGUUUACACGAAUGAAAAAUAUAAAUCAAUAAUUAUGUAAAAAAAAUUUUUUCUUUUAUAAGUUAAAUUUAUAUAUAACAAUAAUUAUUUGUAUAUAAUGAGAGAUAAAUUAUAAAACAAUUAAAUAUUAUUAUUGUUCCUCGUUGCUCAAAUUGUUGCCGCUAAAGCUCUAAUGAGGAAUGUAAGUUUACACGGUAACCAAUAUAUUUAAUUAUAAAUUAUAUAUUAAUAUAAAUUUCAAAAGAAAAAUUAAUAUUUAAUAAAUUGUCUACCAGACGUUAAAUGUUUACUAAUAAUUUGAUAACUUGUACAAAACAAAUACUAUAAUAUUCACGUAUAUUUUUCAUUAUUAGUUCUUUAAUUAUAUAUAUAAAUAAAUAUCUCACGCUUUUAUUUUCUUUUUAAGUAUACUUAUGUAAUAUAAAAAAAAGUUAUUAUUUUUAUUGUUUAAUUUUUUUGUUCUUUUUAAUUAAAUUUUUGUUCUAUGGGAUUUAUUUUUAUUCUGUUGGUUAUAAUUUUAUUAAUUAUUUCAUUUAUAAUAAAUAUUUGAUGUAUAUCGAUAAUAAAUUUUUAAAUAGUAAUUAAAUUGUUUUUUUUCGAAAUUUAUUAAACAAAAAAAAAGUUUAUAAUUUCGUUUGAGGGAAAUGACCAACAAGUUCGGGAUUAUAACUCCGAUAGAGAAAAUUAAAAUUUGAUAGGAACGUUUUUGAGAUGACUUCAAGUUUUCGAUUGAGGUUCAAUUUGAUUCUAUUGGAAAAAGAUUGGGUUGAGUUUGAAAAUGAGCUCAAUCGGUUGAUUAGUUUAGAAGUUAUAGUAUUCAAAAAUUUUCAAAAUGUCAAAAAUUCAUAUUUUUACUUGUUCUUUCUUCAAUAGUUUUUAAAUGUUAUAACGUAUCGACUUCCUAUAAACUUUAUCUGAAAGCUUUUAAAUUAAGCUUUAAUUUUCAUGCCUAUAUAUGUGUUUAGAUCAAUAAAAUUUCUUAUUUUACGACUCAUUAAAUGAAAUUUUGCUAUUGCAUUGGUUCUCCUACUUUUAAUAGAUUCCAUAGAAUCCUAACUACUGUAUUUAUUAGUAAAUUUAUGAAAUUGAUUGAAUUUAUAUUAUUGCUGUGUAACACUCAUAAAAUCUAAAUAUCUCAAUUCAAGUGUGUAAAUUAAAUUUUGUUUUAUUGACAGUGUUUAUACGACUCAUUUCAAGUAUGACACUUAGAUCUAUCAUAAUUGAAAUUCCAACUCAAAUAAUUUUAUUUAAUUUUGUAUUAACUAUUAAUUCUAUAGUAAAAAACAUAGUAUUCUUAUUCGUAGAUAAUUUGAUUCUCUUCAACUUCAAUUGUUGUUGUUCAACUUACCAUUCCGAUCAUUUUUUAAAUUUUCUAAUUUCAAUUCUUUAAUUUUUUGCAUUUAACUUUAAAUUGUCUGACAAUUUUCUUUGUUUUAUAACCUCGAGAAUCUAUGAGAACGUCAAAAAAAAAUUUAUUUUGUUAUUAAUGUUUAUUUGAGAGGUUAAAAUAAUCAAAUAAUGAGAAAUCUACUUCCAUUUCAGCUGCUGAAUGGCUUUUUUUUUUAUCGCAUGUUAAUGUGUUGAAUAAUCAAAAUUAUUAUUAUUUUUUUCAAAUAACUUAUGAUAAAACUUUGUGAA